AUGGUAAAUUUCUCCGAUAAUAAAGACUUGGAUCUCAAAUAUUUGUUUUUAGAUGUUGAGCUGACUUGCAAAGGAAAAACUUUUAGAAAUGUUAGUUUAACCGCCUAUUAUCCCGACUAUACUGAUAGUGACAAUGAAUACGGAUAUCGGGAUAAAAAGGGAAGAAAAUUAAUGACUUUACAGGAUUAUUUGGAUGACCGAACAGAAUACGUUACACUCGGCAUGGACGAAAAACUGGGAAUUCCCUAUGGAACAAAAGUAUGCAUCCCCGAACUAAAUGAACAUUUUGGACACAGAAUUAGGCUCGAAGUCAGAGAUUCUUCCUAUGAUUUAUACGCUCAAGGGUAUUCUAGGGCGGACAUUUGUGUCCGAUCUGAACUGGACAGUUACGAUAACAGCUUCAAUAAGGAAAUAACUUUAGUUUUUGUGUAA